AUGAAUACCCUCGGCUGCCAAAAUAAUAACAUCAUAGCCGCUCCUGCAUCCGCUGAACACUUGAACAAUUGCCCUUCAGAAAUUACCAAGAGAGAUAGCAGCAUCGACCUCGAAGAUGGCUAUGACGGGGGAGCUUCUGAUACUAGCGAAUCUGAAGCCUAUCAGGGCUCUCCCUCUCAUCGCCUAGCGGUUAAUAUCAUUGCUAUUUUCUCUCGGUUCAAUAGUGUACUUGAACUGGGUUCUUAUGAAACGGCUGUCAGCUUCCUCGAGAAGGUGGUGGACACAGAACGAGAAGGAUACAAUGCGAUAGAAGACCUCAGGAGGGAAAUUCCAGAAGAAAAAAACCAAAACUUAAAGCGUAUUCAAGCGGCUGGUAUCAUUACCGCCGCCGUGCGUUUAUUUGCAUCUGUAAAAAUAACUCGAGAUAUGCCAGACUACCCUCCCAAAUGGCAAAAUUCCAUCGAAACGGUAUUUCGGGAAAAACACGGAUUUUGGAAAGGCAUACCGCAUGGAGUACCAGUCCCCGAAAUGCAACAAAGGAUCCAUAUGUAUGUGAAAGCAGAAUGGAAAGCCCUAGGGACGGACUGGCUCACAAAUGGCUCCUUAAAGAAGUUUGCUAGAAAUGCUAUUGAUGUGGAUCAAUUACCGAGGGUGGCAGAUGUUUUCGAUGUUGCACUAGAACUAGAAAUGGCUCCGGAUGAAUUAGCGGAAUUGUUAGGUUACUCCGAUCUAGUAAGAUCUAACGAAGUCGCCUUUUAG